UGCCACAGAUGGGGCAGCAGUAAUGACAGGAAAAGACAGUGGCCUCAUUGUAAGGUUAAAGAAAGAUUUCCCUUCACUUAAAAGUGUGCAUUGCCUCCUUGCACAUAAACUAGAGCUAGCAGUUCACGAUUCCCUAAAAUGUGUGACAGGAUGUAACCACUUUGAAAAUUUUAUAUCAAAGUUGUACACAAUGUAUCACCAAUCUACCAAGAAUGCACGGCUCUUGUCUGAAGCUGCUUCUGCGGUCCAUAUCAGCCUGCUAAAAAUUGGGAAAAUAUUUACCAUCCGCUGGGUUGCCAGCAGUUACAGCACAGUGCAGGCAGUCUGGAAGAAUUUCCCAGCUCUUGCACAGCAGAUGAGAACAGCAUCCGAAGAUCGCACAUUCACUGACUCUGAGCGAAAGAAGUACACCGGGAUGCUGAACAGAUUGACCAGCACAGGCUUUGUUACGGACCUAGCCACCAUGAGAGAUGUGCUUCAGGAACUUAAAAGCCUUUCACUGAAACUGCAAAAGAGGAGUACCUCCCUAACAGAUGCCAGCCGGGACAUUAGACUGACAAUGGAGGUUUUGGAUGCCAUGAAGACACAUGGGGGUAUGUCAAUGAGAGAAGCAAAAGAAUCUUUGAUGGAGGGAACCUUUAAGGGAGUAGCCCUGAAGGAAAGCACAGAGAAGGUCAAUCAGCUUCAGUUCUUUCAGGCAGUGAUCGACAACCUGUCAAGUCGUCUUCCAGAUUCUGAACUCACAAAAUCAUUAAAACCAUUAGACCCUCACAACUGGCCCAAAACAAGGGAUGAACUGAUCUUGUAUGGGGAGAAGGAGAUACAUGAACUUGCAAAGGAUCUGGGUGUUUCAACCAGAGAGGCUGUUGAAGAUUUCCGUUCAUGGAAACUACAAGAGGAUCAAAGUGGGAAGACCUUAAGAAGAUUGAUAGCUGCAAGCCAGACAUAUCUAGCAACUUCAGCAGAGUGUGAACGAGGGUUUUCUGCAAUGAAUGAUACAGCCAGUAAGUCAAGAAAUCGCCUAAGAGUCAGAAGUCUCUCAGCUGUUUUGUUCAUUGACAUUAAUGCACCCCCAUUGGAGAUGUUUGACCCAAAGCCUUUUGUACUGUCCUGGAUUAAAGAGGGGCACUGUCCAUCCACAGCAAAGAAGUCAGGAAUGGAAGCAAAAAAUAAGAGUGAAGACAGACCACUGUGGUCUAUUAUGUGUUGAUUUGGGACAGUACUUAAAUGUAAAUACUGCUUUAAAAUAAAUAAAA